AAGCUGCCACCUCAGAAGGAAGUGAUCACAUCAGAUGAGCUCACGGCCCAUCUUGGAGACAGCCUUCUGUCCAUCAAGCCCCAGGAGAAGUCAGAAGGACUUCAGCUUAAUUUUCAGCAGAAUGUGGACAAUGCAACGGCAAUGCUGCCUAAACUGGCCACAGGUCUGGAUGUCAAUUUAUUCACAGGUGUCUCUGGUUUUGAGUAUACACCUGAGCGCAGUGUCUUUGACCUACUAGGCGUACCUCUGUACCAUGGCUGGCUUGUUGAUCCACGGAGUCCUGAGGCUGUGAGUGCAGUUGGGAAACUGAGUUACAACCAACUGGUAGAGAAGAUCAUCACCUGCAAGCACUCCAGUGACACCAACCUCGUGACAGAAAGCCUGACUACAGAGCAGUUCCUGGAGACCACCGCCGCACAGCUGACCUACCAUGGUCUGUGUGAGCUAACAACAGCUGCCAAGGAGGGCAAACUUAGCGUCUUUUUCCGGAGCAACCACUUUAGCACUAUGACUAAGCACAAGGGUCAUUUGUACCUACUGGUCACCGACCAGGGCUUUCUUCAAGAGGAGCAAGUGGUGUGGGAGAGCCUGCACAACGUGGACGGAGACAACUGUUUCUGUGACUCUGACUUUCACCUAAGUCACUCCCUGGGCAAGGGACCUGGAGAAGGUGGGAGUGGCUCCCCAGAAAAGCAGCAGCAGGUGGACCAGGACCACCUGAUUGCCUUGUCCCUGCAGCAGCAGCAGCCGUCGCGAGGCACACUGGGUCUUAGCGACCUGGAGCUGGCCCAGCAACUUCAGCAAGAGGCGUACCAACAGCACCAAGCAGCCCAGCCCGCGUCAGCACGGGCCCUGUCACCGCAGGGGAGAGGAGCUGCAUUUGGACGCCCAGCUGCCGAGCGUCGGCAAAGGCCAAAGCAAGAGUCCGACCGUGUCCUCCUGUAGCCCCGCUCAGUGCCGAGCUGCCUUGCCUCCGCUUUCAGAGGCUGGGGCUAUUUUGCUUGCUCCCCAGCUCAACUUGAGAUAUGCAGGGUAACUUAUUUAUGGAAUGUUGGGGAUCAGAGCAGGCAGUAAAUGCCAAGGUCAGACUUGGUGACGUCUUUGCCCUCACGUGCUGCCUCCUCUUCCUCCCAACCAUCCCAGGCAACACUGGGGUUGGUGGGGUGAGGAUUUCUGAUUCCCAACUCCCUUUCCCCAGAAUAGUCACAUUAAUAUACAGACUCAGGCUCCAGGGUGAGGUACCUGUCUAGAACACAUCUCCCCUACUUUCUGCUCCUGCAGGCCCACCCG